GAAUGGAAAAACCCAACACCUCCUCCUUCCUCCUUACCAGCCUCUGUUGAAGCCAUGUAAUUGUCAGGGAGUGAAGCAGAGUUUCCCCAUCCAGCAGAGAGCUGCACAGACCUGCACAGAGCUGCUGGCAGCAAUUACCUGGCACUCCCUGCAGCUGCACCUCCCAGACAAUCUUUGUGCCUCUCUGGCACUCUGCAGGCAGGCAGGAGGAGUUCCACACUGCCCUGCAGUCUCCACUCGCUGCCCACCAUGGCUGGCUCAGAAGAGGCUCCCUGGCUGCCAGGGGAAACUCCUCAGAUGUGGAACAGGGUGUGAACCUGGGCAAAACCUGAGCAAAAUGCCACCAGAGCUCAUCUGUCUCUUCCUGUGCACUCUGAGUGCUCCAAGUCUCUCAGGAGGAGAUGCUUUGUUGCCAGCACCUCAGAGUAUCUCCAUUCUUUCAACCAACAUGAAACACUUCUUAACUUGGAGUCCUGUGAUCGUUCAGGGAGCAACUGUGAGAUAUUCAGUUGAGUUUCAAGGGGAAUACGAGCGGGAAUACGCCAACGGGAGCUGGAUCCCCAUCUCGGAGUGCUCCCUCACCACAGCCACCGUGUGCAACCUCACCGAGGACAUCUCAGCCACCGUGGCCUACAAGCUGCGUGUCAGGGCAGAGCUUGGUGCCACCAGGUCACAGUGGGGCACCACGAAAGGCUUCUUCAACCGCGCCAUGACUUCCCUCACCCCACCCCUGCUGAGGGCCGUGGCAGACGGGCACCAUUUGCUGGUGGAGCUGGCAGACAUGGGACCCUCCUUCCAGUUCUGGGUGCUCUACUGGAGGAAGGGCCAGGAGAGCAGGGUGCAGCAGAAGGUGCUGAAGGAGGUGAGCUCCGUGGUUCACCUGGACACCAUGGAGGCAGGAGCUGAGUACUGUGUGAAGGCUCAGACACACGUGGAGGCCAUCAACAGGAGCAGCAGCUUCAGCCCCACGCAGUGUGUGAGGGCUCAGGGUGACAAAUCCAUGUGGCUCGUUACUGCCCUCAUCUCCUCUGCUGGCUUUGCUGCGGCAGCUUUUACCCUGCCUUUUCUUACCUGGAAAAUAAGGAAAAUCUUCCAAUACUCCUGCUGCCCCGCUGCUGUCCUGCCAGACACACUGAAGGAAUCAGAGCCCCCCACCCAGCUGAUCCUGCGGGGCAGUGAAGAAGCUGAGCAAUGUGACCUGAUGGUGGUUGUGAUGCCCUCAGAAGAAGUUCUCCAGCUGUGGAUUCAAAAAACACUUUAGAGUAACCCAGAAAACAGACAGCCCCUUUGUAGCAUCUCCAUCCAUCUUCAUCAAAAGCAAGUAAAGGUGGCAGCUGCCAGUUCCUGUCCCUGUCCUUCACACCCUGACCCGGGAGCAGACAUGGGGUGAGCCACGCUCCCUUUUUUCAGCCCCACUGCUGCUCCCAAGGCAGAGCUGACCAGAGCAGCACCUGGAGAGCCCAAUCCCUCAGCUCCAAAUCAUUUCAGCCUCGGUGUUUUUACCUCAGUAAGAGCUUCUUAUGUGGCUAAGCCAGCUGGAAUGACCAGGGGAAAAAAUACACAUGCUGAAGUGAGGUCAUGUUCUUUGAAAAGGGCACAAGGGGAUGUAGCAUCCUAAUCUGUGCACGUGACUGUCACAGUGCUGGUGCCACCAAAACUUGCAGACAGCACCGUGAGGGAUGCCUGGCUUUCACCAGUGCUUUGGAAGGAGUGAUGUGGGAAACAGCCAGAUUUCAGAAGUGUUUAGAGGGAGCUCUGCAAGACCAGCAAAGCAUCACUGACAGUGUGCAGCUCCAGUAUCACCCAGUCAGAGUGUCAAAAAUGCAAACACUGUGUACACAUGAAGGAAAAACCAGGACCUUUAGGGAAAAGAAAAUUAGGGGUGAACUAUUUAAAUGAGAAAGGAUUGGAGUAGAGAAAGAUUGGGAAAAGACAGAGAAAGGUAGGCUCCAGAAAUAGUAAAAGAAAUGGGAAAAGAGAAAAAAAAGAUACGUGAAUAGUGGUCAGGAUUUUCCUGGGUGCUUGCUGGGUAUCCCUGUGGUUCAACACCACACCCAAAACAGAACAGUGAUUAUUUCACACAAGGCAGAUGCAUUGCUCUGGUCAAGAGGGACAGAGUGAGGGGUAGAUGCAGUUCUUAUCUUGACAAACACAGGAAUAUCAGGCUGGAUGGACCAAGCAUUGCCAUUUAGUGACCAUCCCAGGCCUGACAACACCAUUAUCCUCCAGGCACCUUGUCCUCUUGAGGAAGGAAAUUGCAAAAGACAAGAGAAAUUCCUUCUAAAUACAGCUAAAAUACAGGUGUUGUCUAUAUGGCAAUUAUGGCUGUCAUAUUGGAAAAAAGCUGUUUUUUCACCUGUAAAGCAGAGACUUGUGUCAGCAGGGCAUGAAAAACCAUUGAUCUGAGAAGCUCUUUUCAAAAGCUCUUCGUGGUUUUAAUGAAAUGCAAGACAUCUCAAAGAAUGCACCUUUUCCAGUUCCAUUCUUGCAACCUUGUGUGAGGCCAUCGGGUGGCAACAAAGCACCAUGGAAAGGCAGAAUUGGCUCAGGAGUCUGUACCUGUGCUCUGCCUGGGCAAUGGGAUCCCUGGCUCCUGGCCAGCCCCUCAUUUUCCUGUUGCAGCCCACUUGUUUGGUGUAUUCCUGUCUCAUUAGCUUCUUUCUGGACAAUAUUGGAGUGCAGUCCUUUGGUGUUGAAUUGUAAGAUGGAUAUUGCUGAAUAUUGAGCAAAUUAUAGGGUGAGAAAAUCCAUGUAGGUCUGGGCAUUGAAGAUUCAGUGUUCUUUAUUAGUUUGUUGAUAAUUAGCUGGGAAAUGCCUGGCUACAAGCACCCAUGAGAUGCUGGGCCCAGAGAUGAUUUGGAAGCAGAGAGGAAAAGGGCAUUUUCAUGGGCAGAAAUUACAAGUGCCCAGCAGGUCUCACCCUCCCUAAAUCAAGCUGGGCAGCAAUGGCAGCCAAGCAGGGAGUGAUGCUGGCAGUGAGCUGCAGUGUGUUUGGGAAGCACAGACAGCACAGAACUUCAGCUCCUUGCAGGGUCAAGGGCUCUUGGGCAAACAUCCCUUUGCACAGCUUUGCCCAGUGCUUGAAUUUUCAAGGGCAGCUCCACAUGACAGAGGCCUUGGUAGUGGGGCUGGUUUAGGGAGCUCCCCUGCCUCAGCUUUAUCCUUAUUUUAUACCCCAUUGAUUCAGAUGAGUUCAGUGCCUUGACUUCUACACACCCCACAGGGGUGUCCCCAUGCAGGAAAUGAUCCUCUGGCUUGUCCAUGCCAUAGGUCCAAGAAGCCUCAGCAGCUCCUCCUAUCUCUUCCCCCCACACUGCUGCAUUGUCAGAAUCACAGGAUCAGAAUCUUCUGAGCUGGAAGGGACCCACAGGACCCACAAGUCCAGCUCUUAAGUGAAUGGCCCAUAUGGGGAUCACACCCAGAAUCUUGGCAUGAUCAGCAACAUCCUCUAACCAGCUAUGGCAGCACCAGCAAUUGUUCAGGGGUAUCUAGAAAAGAAAGGAAAUAAAAGGCCAUUGAAUGUGAAAGGCUUUUAAAAAAUUAUUUUCAUGUGUAUUUUCCAGCUGCACAUUAAGCAUAGAGCAUAUGUUUCUUCCUCACUUGCAAUAACAGAUUUUAUGUCCUUCCUCAUUGCCAAUAAAGCAGUUAAACUGUUGUAGAAAACUGCACAGACAACAUUAAACAAAAGAAACACCCGAGAAAAAAUUCUUAAAAUGGGGACAUGGGAGAGAACUGUGUAAGUGCCACUGCCUCCUUAGCAGACUAUUCUCAAUUUACAUUAGGAUAUUCCAGUUUAUGGCAGCUUGAAGCCAAAUUUGAGAUGGUGAUUGAAAAUCCUUUUCAACCUCCUCCUUUGGAAGAAUGUGGUGCAUUUUGUUAAGCCUGAAAAUCAUGGUAGAGAACAAGAGCAAUUCCCCUGCCUGCCAUGUAGGGUGGCAUUGGCACGGGCAGCUGCCAUCACUGACCCCUUAAUUCAUUUUCCUGCUAUCCAAAAGUUAAUUUUGGCAUGGCAAACACUGCCUUUGAUAACUGAUUUUGCUCCCACCACCACGAUACCACCUUGCAAAACGGCUCAGACCAUUCACCCCAGUGAAGGAUGUGUACAUGUGAGCUUUUCUCUCUGCCUUCCCCUUCAUGAGGUACCAAGUGGCUCCAUUUCUUUCAAAAUAAACUUUUCUACUUUUCUCAAAAAGUGUUGCAUGGAAAUAAAGCACAAACCUGCAUCAUCUUCUGAGCGAGUUUUGGUUUUGUGCUCCAUUACCUGUGGGAUGUGAGUCCAAAAACCCAACCUUUUUAUGAAGACUUUGUAAGAACAGAAGAAGUGGUAAUUAGAACAGUUUUCAAAGAAAAAAUUAUGAAGAUCAGCAUAAAAACUGUGGAUUACCUGAGAAUUUGAGCAGAGUUACAUAUUGCUGCACUGACAAGAAAGCAAGGAAUUCAAUUAUCUGUUCCAUGACACUAACAGCCUGGAAUAUAGGGUAAUUUUUCCUCUGAACUAUAUUUCAUUAGAAGUAUAUUGCUUUUUGCAAUUUUUAUUCAUUUCUCUCUCCAAUCAAACUGAGAUCUUUAACUUGAUAAAUUACCAUUUUACGUGUUUCCUGCAUUAUUACUUUAUGUUUUGUCUCUUCUCUUACAAAAUCCAGAGGUAACCAAAAGCACUACUUUGACUGCAAAUCAGUUCUAUUUCUUGUGAAGGUGGUACUCCAUCCUGCAAAUAAACUGCUACAAAAAUAAUAAACAUCCAAACCAGGGACAGAUAUUUAUUGCUUAAAGAAUUUGCCUACAGAUGAUUCUGUUGCUAUUACAGUGUGAAACAGCAGAAACAGAAAAUUACUCAGUUCAUGUCUCUUGUGGUGUUUCUCAAUAAAUGGAACUAUUAAAAAAAAUCAGAAAUUACUAAAUCAAGACAUAAAAGCAAUUAAAAGAUGGCAAGGUUAAAUGAAAUUGUCCAAGUAAAUACUGCACACGGAGCCCUAAUUUGGUUUCCUGCCGUGCAUGGGCUAUAAUUUAGCUGUUACUACAGAAAUGGCCCCAUCUGAGGAUUUUAAUGUCCAUGAUUUGCUUGGGAUCAACUCAGGCCUUUGAUAAGAGCCAAGGACAUGCUGUCCCCGUGCAGGCAGUGGUCCUACCACACACACCCUGCCCACCCACAGCCCCCAGGCAGGGCUGGUGUUGUUUUGGUUUUUUGAGUUUUUCUAAGCCUUCUGGUGUUUAUAUUCUUGUAAGAAACUUUCUAACAGACUCUAUGUAAAUAAUUAAUUGUUUUGCAUUCUUUUCUGGUGGAAGAGAAAUUUGAUGGACUGUUGGUUUGUCCAGUGUCAUUGGAGAGGUGGCACUGUCAUCCUCCAAACCACUGUCACUUUUUAAAAUCUAUAAAUGUUGGAGUCAGGAAUUAGACUUCCCUUCUUUUUACCUUAGAGACUCCAGUGUCCACGUCGGUUCAUUUUGUGUCCUAAAGCAACAGGCUGGCAGCAGCUUCCACUGGAUUCACACAUCCUCAGUGCUGGAAUCCAGCAGAGACAUGGGGACGCUGCCAGCCUGAGCUCUGCUAGUGUGCCUGCAUUUAAUGAUGUUAAGGGUGACUUCAGGAGGGUCUCAAGCCAUAUCUGCUUUUUAAAAAUCUUUUUUAUAAUUUUUUCUUUGAUCAGACAUCUGAAUCAAGAGUAUGAGGCCUAUUUAAAGACUGAGCACAGGUUUAAGUCAAUACUAUUCUACAUUAAGUCAAACAAUUCCCAUUUGGCAGAGCUAUUUCAACAGAGUGUCUCUAUCAGUAUCCAAUCCUGCAGUCUCGUUAAGGGUGUUGUAUUAACACAUACAAAUUCCAGGGGUCUGUGAAACCUGGAUGAUUUGGGCACCAUCAGUAGAGCCCAUGAUGGAGGAAAGGACAGAUGCACACAACCUCAGAGGUCAGGUGGAGAGGUAGAGUGUUCCCUACCUGAGAUCUUGCAGGAUACUGAGAAAAGAAAGGACUUUUCCCCAUCCAAAAUCCAGUCAAGGAAGGGGUUGGAAAGAGGAAAUAUUCAUGACCAGCUGUGAAGCUGGAAAUACAGCUCCCAAGCUGAGCAGUCUGUAUGAUGCUGCUGAACUUCUCCCUCCUGUAGCUUCAUUCCCAUUUAAGCUCCCAGAAGAUUCAUAACAUUUUCCCUUUGAAGAAUUGCUCUCUCAUUUUGUCCCUUUGCUGAGGUCAGAGAGUUCAUGUAGACCUGUGAGACUGGUCUUUGAUACCAGCCAGCUGUAGCUCUGUACUUUUAUCUUAUUGUGGUCUGCAAAGCAGCCUUCCACUGCACCAGCCCUCCCUGCUCUCUGCUUUCACUCUGCUCAGUGUCCUGCUCGUCCUCCAGGUUGCUCAUCUAUCUCCUCCCUCCUGCUGCUCUCCAGACAGGCUGAUGGCUAGCAUUUUCCCUCUUUCUGCCAAGUCCUGGCCUUGACUCCCUCUUCUGCCAUCUGCUACAACUUCAUUGUGAAAUUUCAUAUUGUUCAGAGCCACACUCUGCUGGGUUUGGUGCUGCCUCAAAAGUCCCUCAGUUUGGAGGAUGUCUUUCCCCAUGACACUUUGUGCCAUUUUGGGGCAGUCUUACCCAGCCUUCUCAGGCAGUUUGGCAUUUUCUUAGUUACUUCUGCAUCCUCAUUUUCCUCACUUUUCCUUCAAUGCACUGUGAAAAGCUGUCCCCAGCCAGGCAGAAGCUUUCCAUGCAGCAGCCUAUCUUCUGCCUGCUGACCUUUUCUCAUCCCCUUGGAACAGUUAUGCAAUUACCUGCCUUUGCUCUGGAGAGACAUCUUUGCCACUACGUUUUGCUUUCAGUAUUGAUCUCUUGAUUUUUAGUUUGGUUGCUUUGUCUUCUGCUCUGCUCCUGGGGGAGAGAUUUCUGCUCAAAUUGAGGUUUGCUACUGAAAGGUUUAAAACCUGCUGGCUGUAUGUAUAAAUUUGCUGUGCUCUAUAACUUCUCUCUCAAUGUAGACCAAAUGCAGUGUCCCUGUUACAUUCAGCUCCCAGAGCCAACCUGACCAUCCUGCCUCCCUGUGGCAAGCAAAGCUUGUCCUCACCUUCAGCAGCACUACCCUGAUGGGAUCAUGGGCACAUCCCAGGGGCUUUUGGUGCCCUGGCUUGGAAUACACCCCCAGGGACACCAUGUGCACCCAUUUCCUGCAUGGCCCCAUCAAAAAGCCAUCCCUGCACCUAAGCAGCCUCUUCUACUCUGCUCUGGUAAAGUCUGUUUCCCCACGUGCAUUUUGCACAGGGUCCAGUUUCUGCAAAGAUACAGAAACGUGAAGCUCCAGGUACAGAGCUUGCUCAAACAAAUCUCCCUGAUCACUCCUUUCUGAACUAAAAUCCCACUGCAAAUCAUAAUAUACUACUUAAAAUGCCUGGACAUAUGGAUGAAUCCAAUUAUGGGGGAAAAAUACAUGGACAUACAAAUAUGCAACAUUACUUUUCAUAUAAAUGACACCAAAUGCACACAGUUUACUCCUUUGCCAGGCAGAAUCGGAACACUAUAAACAUUUAAAUGUUCUAGCUUCUGUCCCUAAAAAUACAUUGAUAAGAGAAGGGAAAACUGUCUUAAAAAACACAACAAGGAAGUAAUAUAAAUUAAUUCAUCUGUAGUUAGUGGAUUAAGCACUUCCAAUAGCACAGUGGGAUAUGACAAUAUAUAACUUUAUAUGAAUAUGGAAAUCAGACGCCUGGGUUAUAAACGAGCAUGUUUGAGUAAUGAACCCUUUGACAUUUCUCAGCACUGCUCUGUUUGUUGUGGCCACUUUUGCUCUGAGGCUGCUUUCAUGACAGGCCAGGGUGCCCAGGAAUAUUGAAAGACUCAUGAGCUGCCAUUAAGGCUUUGAUGUGCAAGAAUGCUUCUUUAAUUGCAGCAAUAAAGAAUGAAGUAGGUUCUGCUUUUAGAGUUCUUCUUAAGUGGGCCUGCAGCUCCUCAUAACAGCUUAGACAUAUCAAAGUUAGCCUUAACAAAGAGUACUAAAUAUUAAUUAAACUUUCAUCUCAAUCCAAUCCAACUGUCAAUUGUGAGGAAAUAAUUAUUGUAACUGUAAGACAGAAAAAAUUCUAAGUCAGGAUCAAAAGCAGGAUAGCAUGAUACUCAAUUCACUCCCACCAUAGGUGGGCACAUGUAAAUAGCUUGUUGGGAAUUGCCUCAGGAAUAUCGUGCUUGCUCAGCCCUGACCUUUUGGACUGCCUCUUCAGGCCACUCAGCCAGCCAGCUCCCCCAGACACGAAUCAAGGCAUGACUCAGACCUGUCACUUCUUUUCAUCUCCCUUCCUCUCCACCAGCUGCUGGAAGAAUUAAAUGCAGAUAGCAGAUGAGUGUAAAUCUGCUGGCAUGCCAGUCCCACCCAGCUCUGCCACAAAGCAGUGCUGGCUGAUGGAUCUGCUGUGUUUGGGACACUCAGGGAGCCUGUGUGCUGCAGGAGGGUGCCUGCAGUGCCACAGCCAGGGUGGGCAAUGCCGACCCUGAUCAGAGCAGGGCCCCUGCACAGGGCACUCAGGGAUGGCUUGUCUACUGCCCAGUGAUGCUGGACCACGGAAAUUUUUAUGGGAGAGGCAACAGUUUAUUUUACCACUUCAUUUCUGUCAAGACUAGUAAAGGUCUUUGCUACAGUACUGUCAGAAACCAUUUUUUGCCUGGUUGCUUUAGGAACAGGGAGAAUUUCCUGAGCAAUCUUCUUGUCCUUGCCUAAAUGCCCACAAGCAAAGUACGUGAAAGACACAAGUCAUGAGUUAAAGUGAAGACCAAGAUUUCCUGUGGUAUCAAUAUUCAGCCCACCUUCACGGGGACCCCUGGGGGUUGUCCGUUUGCUGAGGGCUUAAUUUCUGUCAGAAAAUCAGGAUUGUCUCUCAGCAGCAUCUCUGAGAUGAGCUGGACUGUGCAGCCCAGCCUGUGUGCUCAGAGUGCCAAGCAUCACUGCUGAACACAGACUGCUUUGGGCCAGAGCUCUGAGGAAAAGAUAAAAAACGGGGUGAAAACGGCAAAAAGGAGCCUGAGUCUGGAGUGAACACAAACUUCCCAGCUGGGUAACACAGUCUGGGCAAAUAUGGGCAAUGUUUCCAUCCCAACCCUCUUCUCCAAAUAUAAAAAUAAAACCUGUUAAGUGACUGAGGUAAGGAGAAAAUUCCCAUUCUCCUGGACAGAGCAGAGACAGGGGAGGUGUAUUGGGGGCACACCAAUCAUUCAUAUUUACCCUGGAAAGAGAGCAAGAGAAAGCUGUGAGGAGCUCUAUGUCAAGGGAGGAAAAUUCAAACUGGAAAAGGAGAUUUUGAGCCAUUUGCAAGACAAAUGAAUUGAACAAGGGAAUGCUGUCGCUCUGGGGUGCUGAGGAAAAGCAAAGAGGAGCUGCCAGGAAGGGUCCAGUCCAAAGUGGCAAGAGGAGCUGGGAAAUCCAGUCCAGUGACAGCUGAAAAGGAUAAAAUAAACACAUGAGGAAGCCCAGGGGGACAGAGCCAUAAGAAAUGAAAAUUUAAAUAAAAGCUAUAGGGGGUUUAAAAUGUUGAUUUAAAUCCAGCAUAUAAUCCCAUGCAUUUGACAUUGCUGGUUCAAAUAAACACCCAGACUGAGCUCACCAUGUCCCCAUCAGCAGCAGAGGACCCAAAAGUAGGGCUUCCUCUCACUUUAGUGAAUGGUGCCUCUGUUUUCCACUAGUGAAAAACAGAGCCUGAUUGAAAGAUUCCUUUUGCAAAAGCUAUCAGUAUUUUAAAUCCUCCCAGUCAAAUUGGUUUUGUACACAGUAAACACUGAGUAAUAACAAUUUACACUGAUCCUCUAAGAAAUACUAAAGGAAAAGGGGUUACUAUAACCUGGGAAGGUAAUUUUUCUUACAACAUCAAAGAAAAAUUGUUGCAAAAAGAUUUUUAACGAUUCUUGUAGCCACAACCUGAAAAAUAUAUCUCUGUAGCAUUCAAACCCUUCUAAGUUAUCAUCAAAGAUAAUACCACAUAAAUACUACUUAAUCCAGGCAUCUGAACUGCCUUCUGCAACAUAUGCAUGAUCUUUCCAUUUUUAUACACAACAAAUCUGAUAAACAGAGAUUAUAUAAAGAGAAGUCAUUGGAGUAUUACAGCAUGAGCAUAGCACAGAAUAGUUUCCUUCUUCUCAAGUAAUCCCAAUAAUAAAAAAAAAACCAACUGGUUUCCUUAAAAAAAGAAAAUUAUUCACAUUAAAAAUUCUCUGACAGAGCCUACUUUACUUUCUGUUAGUUUUUUUUUUAAAUGCUUAAGAUUCUAAAAGCUCUGUAUCACAAAGCAAACCAAAUUUCUGCUUUAUUUUACCUUUUUUUUUUUUUUAAUUUACUGCCACCAUGUCAUUCUCAACAGCUCUGCCAAUCUGAAAAACAAGAAUGAAGAAGAUAAGGAGGAACAGAAAUAGAAGUAUCUGUUAUGAUUAGGAGUUAAAUAAAAUGUAAGAAGUAUUUAGGACAAAAUUAUCCCAGAAAACAAAGGUCUUGGAUGCCCACCCCUCAGGGAGAUGGGCACAGGGAGAAGCAGAGUGUGCAGGCGUUGGUGCUGCAGGCCAGCAAACACAAUCCACAGGGCAACAGAUAGAGAAAAAUUGUGAGAAAAGAGCUGUAAAGACCUAUAUUCACACUUGGAGAAGUGUGAUGAUUCAGAUGCUGGCAGCCACUUGAAAGACAGUCCUGAAGAACAGCACCAGCUUCCUUGUGAAGGUUUUCUGUCAAAGUUUCAAGUGCUUUGUUUAUUCCUCUUAGCAAGUGGAUAACCCUGAGAAAUACAGGAGCAUCACAAUUGCAUUACUGAGUAAAUGUCCUAAACAUAAAAAUAAUUGAAUAAUCCAGUGGUCCUCUGAAUAGCUAUCACCUUGAUUUCUUGCAUGCAAUUAAAACCAAGGAAAGAAUGCUGAUUAUUUGGCUGCAAAAUGUAAUGCUGCAAGGGCUGGGAUAGGGAGAGGUGCUCUGCAAUUCCAACAGGACAAGAAGAGGCACUCUGCUAGUGCAGAGCACAGGAGAAAACCUGGCUCUGAGGAGGUGGCACUCAGCAGGCACAGGCAGGAGUGGGCAAGGCAAAGCCUCUUGGGUUCAAAGUUACUUCAGCAAACUUGCAGAGCUGCCAUCACAAUUGCUCUUACAGAGCUCUGUGAGUUUUCUCACAAAAGUUUUAACUUUCCAAUUUAUUUAUAACAAAAAAUGACCAAAGUCAGAGUGUAGAAAUAGUGGGAAAUCUCAUCAACAGUUGGGCACAGACAUUCAGGACAGGCACCAAAAAGAGCCAUGAGUCCUGUGGCUACCUGUGAGGGGCAGCAGGAAGGCAGGAACACAUCCUGGAAGCCUUAAGGAGAAAUUUCACCUCAUCCUCCCUGGCUUUCUCAAGGAGCUGGAGAAGCUGUCCCCCACGUCCUGUGUGGAGGCAGCAAAGCACAGCACGAGCUCUGCCUGGGGCUCAUGAGCACUGUCCUGUCUGUCAGUGUGAGCUGCUUGGCUACAUGGAUGUUUCCAGCAUAUUGGAGAUUUCCAGUGUGGAAUAUCAGAUAUUUCCAAUAGUGGAUAUUUCCAGGGAAAGCCAUUGCUCUGAGAGCAAUGCUCCUGUCCUUCCCAGGGAAAGAUAUGGUACAUCUGAAAGAGGCAGCUGUCUGUCUAAGCCAGGAUAUCCCUGUACCUGCCUGGGUUAUUUCCAAAGGUUGGUCACUCCUAGCCUGCUAACUGGAGAGUUUCAGGUUGAGGCUGCUCUGAGAGGCCACCAGCACACCCAUGGCCCCUGCAAGGAGUCCAAACUAGGCUGGAAGGAAAUCCCACUCAGAAGGCACAAACAGCUUCUUCACCACUGGAAACUGAGUUCAUCCACCAAGGGACAGAAGUAUUGUGUGACAAGUGUGGCCACCUCAGUGCUGGACAUGGGGGUUCAUGGGUUGUGCCUCCACCACCCUCAGGUGCUCUGCUCCUCAGGACACUCAGCACUCAGCAGAGAGCUCUGAGCAAUGUGCUCAGGGGUCAGAAACUCUGCAAGCCAGCUGGACAUCAUGAGUGGACAAUGCACUUCUAUUUGGAAAUGGGAUAUUGAGUAUUAACUACUCCCUGCUCUCCGCAUUGCCAUCUGGUGAAUAAAGCCCAGGGUUUGCUCUAAUUAGCUCUGUCCGUCUGCACAAAGCAGGACCUACAGAAUUUCCUCCAGAUCCACUUCAAUUGAAACAUCUGCAAGAGCUGUGUCUGGGAGUAAAAGCCUGGGCAAGGGGCUCUGCUUGGUGCUGUGAAAGAUGUGGGUUUCACACAUCACACACUUUCAAAUCUAAAUUCCUCUGGGGCUGCCAGAGCAAGCCUCUGAAGAAAGAGAUUUGCACCAACAUGCCGAAAGCAGAAUCAAGCCCUGGAUUUACUACUCUCUAGCUCAGAGCAGCAAAGCUAAAGUGCCACUCCAUCCCUCCUCCUCCUGGACGAAUCUCUACCCCGGGGUACACGAAAAAUGCCUUUCGCGGCUCCACAUAAUAAUAACAUUAAUAAUAAUAAUAAUACUAAUUCUUUUCGGGACUGAGCCGUGACGCCUCCCCCAGGCCGGCGUGCUGCAGCGGGCUCCGAGCGGUGCCGGGCACGGUGGCAGCGGGUGGCAGCUGUCCCUGCCUCCUCCUGCCCAUCCUACGGGAGCAGGGGACAGCGAGCCUGGCAGCCUGCAGGUGUCUCCCGGCGGAGGAGGCUGCGGAGCCCCUCGGGAGGAUGAUGUGCGGUAGCCGAGCAGAUGUUCACUCGCCUCUGGGGCUCCUCGGGAGGCAGAGCCGCUCCGCUCCCCUCAGCGCGCUGAAGCUCCGCGGCUGCGAGAGAUCGGCCCCGCUGCCGCGCCGGCAGCUGCUCCUCUAACCAACAAAGGCAGGGUUUCAAGUGAAGGGGAAGAAUGGGAGUCUGGCUGCAGAGCUUCCUUCACCGCUUCAGCAGCAGACUGGAAGAAGCCGAGAGUUUUGAUGCCUGGACAACUGGAUUCUGAAUCGUGAGAGGCUUUGAAACCCACCCCCCCCUCCCAAAUAAAACAAACCCCUUUGACUUCUU